GCCGUCUCUGAUUCAGGAAAGGAGAACAGUUCUGUCAGAAGGACCUUGCUGAAGCAGAGACCAACUGUGUUCCCUGAUCUUGACAAUGACACACCACGGCUUGUGCUCAAGAGAAUCAUCCGGACCCAACCACAAGUUUCACCUCUGGCACCUCACAUAUCUCAGCAUGAAGAAGCAGAAGCAGCUCGAUCAGAACUCCCAUCUAAGAGGGUUUCCAGUCUGGUGGAAUUGCAGCUGCCAGACCUUGUUCCUGAGAACACGUCUAUCACCAUGUUCCACGUGUCUAAGAAGAGGAAGAAACUCAGCAUUUCUGAGUUUGAGAGAGCAGCAGACAAACGACUUCCCCAGAACCAAGCUCAGUCAACGUUGGACAGCACUGCUUUGGCUCAAUCUCUUCGCAUGUCUCUUGGUUCCUUGAUCCCACCGGAAACGGUUGAGAAGAGAGGCUUGCUCCGAAGGCCAAAAAGUCGCAAAGCGAUUGACGUGGAGGCUUUUGAAGAUGGAGUGGAAGAGAAAAUGCUGAAGAGAAAAGCACAGAACUACCUUGUGGACUCACAAACAGCGUCUGGGUUUCGAACAGCCACGCUGACGAGCGAUGCGGAGAUCAUGCUGAGUAACACGGAGCUCUUUGUGCAGCCUCAGGCCGACGAGCAGAGCCAGAAUAAGCUUUCUGCUCUUGAACUGCCGCUGUCGAAUUCAAAAACUUCAGCACAGAGAAGCAAGAUUCCUGGUGCAGCUCAAGAAGAAGCAAGGCUGGUACCCAGUGUGGGCACAAACGAGGGAAGGACCCGAAGAUAUUCUGAGGACUCCAUCCCUGACCCUGAGCAUGUUGACAGAAUGUCUCAUGUAUCUCCACAAAUGCCUGCAAACCAGCCAGAAGAAGAGCAAGAUCAUUCCCAGCAGAACAACCCAGUGGAACAGCUUUCUGUUUCAGAAGAGCUGGUGAUUGGCACUGCAGAGCAUCAUGCUAGUGCAAGAUAUUCUGGAUAUUUGGAGAAGAAACUGAGCAAAAAAGCAGAACUGCAGAUGCCUGCGGCACAGGAUGCCAGAGCUGAAACAGAAUUGGCUCCUUCAGAAGAAGAGGGGACAGCAGAAGGCAGUGUUGGACACCAAGGCUCUCCUGAAACUGAACGUGAAAUUGCCAAAGGUGUUGGAGCUGGAAGUCUGAGCAGGCAUUCUCAUGCUUUUUCCUCCUCUGAAAAAUCUGGGAUGAAGCCAUUGAAGGAAGCUGUUGAACAAGCAGAUGAACUAGAGGACCAGGCUAUCACGAUAGAAUUGGAUGGUCCAGAAGAAGGGCCUACUGAGGAUGAAGCUGAAGACCCUGAGAGUGAAGAGGUUUCCAUGAAGACACCUGCGUUUGUCCGUGCUGCAGCCAACAAGCCACUGCUGUCAACUCCACGUCCUGCAAAACCUGCUGCUCCCAAGUCUCCCCGGCAGCCGCUGCGGGCUAAGCCGGUUCCAAAGAGCUCGGGACGGGCACGGAAGAAAACUUGUGAGCCUGAAAUAGCCAGUAGCUUGAUAAAGAGGAUAUUUAGCCAUUAUGUGAAAAUGCCAGUGUCCAGAGAUGCGCUGAAAAUUGUUGAAAAAUGCUCUGAGAGAUACUUCAAGCAGCUAAGCAAUGACCUGGAAGCUUACAGCAGCCAUGCAGGGAGGAAGACAGUGGAGAUGGCUGACCUGGAAGUCCUCAUGAGAAGACAGGGGCUGGUGACAGACAAGAUGCCGCUGCACGUGCUGAUAGAGCGUUACCUCCCUCUGGAGUACAGGAAGCUCCUGAUUCCCAUGGCUGUGAGUGGCAAUAAAGUGAUCCCCUGCAAAUGA